AGGGGCUGGCACUGUACUGCACAAUAUAUGUCCAGAGCGAACUGACUUACCUCAAACCUGAGAAUGGGAGCUUUAAACUAACACCCAGCAACCAUACUAGCAACCCCCACAGCAUUGUGGACUAUCUACAUCUUCAUCUCCAUCCUCAUCUGACACAGUAAUACAUCCUGCUGCAGUCAUGUCGUUGUCAGCAAGUGCACAGCUAAGCAAGGCGGUGAAGGAGAUGUACCUGACCCUGCCGCAGGGAGAGAAGGUUCAGGCUAUGUACAUAUGGAUUGAUGGGACAGGAGAAGGCCUGCGUUGCAAAACACGGACCCUUGACUCUGAACCCAAGACGAUUGAAGAACUGCCCGAGUGGAAUUUCGAUGGCUCUAGUACACAUCAGUCAGAAGGAUCGAAUAGUGAUAUGUUUUUGAUCCCAGUGGCCAUGUUCAGAGAUCCAUUCCGGAGAGACCCCAACAAGCUUGUCUUUUGUGAAGUGCUCAAAUAUAACAGAACGACAGCUGAAACAAACCUACGACACACCUGUAACCAGAUUAUGAAUAUGGUUGAGAAUGAACAUCCCUGGUUUGGAAUGGAACAAGAAUAUACCUUGCUUGGAAUGGAUGGACACCCAUUUGGCUGGCCCUCAAAUGGCUUUCCAGGACCACAGGGUCCCUAUUACUGUGGUGUCGGAGCAGAUAAAGCAUAUGGCCGGGAUAUUGUAGAAGCUCAUUACCGUGCAUGUCUAUACGCCGGUGUGAAAAUCGCAGGAACCAAUGCAGAGGUUAUGCCAGCUCAGUGGGAAUUCCAGGUGGGUCCAUGUGAAGGCAUCAAUAUGGGGGAUCACCUCUGGAUUGCCCGCUUCAUCCUGCACAGAGUAUGUGAAGACUUUGGAAUUGUAGUUUCAUUUGAUCCUAAACCCAUUACUGGAAACUGGAAUGGAGCCGGCUGCCAUACAAACUUCAGCACAAAGCGAAUGCGAGAAGAUGGAGGCCUCAAGUAUAUAGAAGAAGCCAUUGAGCGCCUUUCCAAGCGUCAUGAAUAUCACAUUCAAAGCUAUGACCCCAACGGGGGACGGGACAAUGCACGCCGUUUAACAGGUUUCCAUGAAACCUCCAAUAUCCAUGAGUUUUCUGCUGGAGUGGCAAACCGUGGUGCAAGUAUCCGCAUUCCCCGCACUGUGGGACAAGAGCAGAAAGGCUACUUUGAAGACCGACGUCCAUCAGCCAACUGUGAUCCCUAUGCUGUGACGGAAGCCUUGAUUCGAACCUGCUUGCUGAAUGAAACUGGAGAUGAAGCUGUUCAGUACAAGAACUAGAGAGCUAUGACAGGCAGCAGUAGCUACUACUUUGACUCUGUUGAGUUUCUUACCCAGUUCUGUUCUAAUCCUUUACACCUAGGCCUACAUCCUGUGUAAUUCCAUGUCUUAUAGUCACCAGACACGGGCAUUGCUAGUAAUGAGUAGAACACACAAGUUUCUCAUUAUUUUAGAUUAGUCUGGUUCUAUUUCGUACAAUAUCAAUUUCCGUUGUAUUCUUAACUAAAAAAAAACAAAAAACAAGAAUAGCGGAGUUUACAGAAAUAUUAAAGUAACUAGUGUAAUUCUUUACUUUUCUUAUACAGUUUAUAUCAGUUAAGCACAUGGUAGAAACAGCUACCUUUCCUUCAAUUGGGCCAGUAUAAAUUGUGUAGAAAUUUGUACAACUAGUAGAGGCCAAGCUGUCAUGACUGGGGGGGGGGCUGUGCCCCAACAUUUAUUAGAACCUCGGCCUCUAAUUUUUGUAGCAAAAUUGAAGAAAUAAAACACAUUCUUAAAAUGUACUGUAGGUCUAAAAGGAAUAUUAAUUAGCCUGUAAAUGGAAGUCAUAACAGGAAAAAACUUAAGGGCCGUUUAAAAAAGUAGCGAUCAGUUCCCUGCCUUGCUACUCCUAAUGAUAACCACUAAUAAAAAAAAAAAGAUAGGGGAUUAAUCUAUUUACCCCUAAACUUAUGCCAGGUACUCAUUCAUUGCCAGGUUCUUGGCUCACCCUGCUAGCUAGCUGUAGGUCUUGGAGCAGGAUGGAGUGAGAGCUCUCAAGUGAACCAGAGGUCAUUUAAUGUGCCAGGGCAUCCUUGAGGCUGUGUGAACACGGAUGUCCCUGAUCAUCGUAAUGUUGUCUUUUGGGUCCAUAUUUGUAGUAUUUUUCUAUUUAAGUGUAAAUGAAGUCUAUACUUAGGUAGGAAAGACAAGAUUAAAUCUAUCAAGGUGUUUUAAAUAAUAAUACAAAAAAGUUUUAAAAAAUAAUAAUAUAAAAAUCAAGAGUUAUGUUGGUGCUAAACAAAUAAGUGUAUGGGAGUGGGGUACACAUAGACUAAUACAAUACAGAAGACAUCUCAUAAGUAAGAAGAGAGGUAAACAUGCAGACCUUGAUAGAUCAGUGUUUUGAAGCCUUCACCGAGUUAACUUUGGGUAAAACCUUGACCAACAUCCUUGAGGACUUUUUGAAAAAGGAAAAUGUUAAGAGGACAUCUAAGACUAUUUGUUCUAUGAUGUUACAUGGGAAACAGGACAUCAACGUCAACUUGUGAUGUUUCCAAUCAUGUUCCGUGCAUCUUGUCAUUCGGAUUGUCCUUGUCCUGUUUCUCUUUUAUAAAGGAGAUAACUUGGUGGUCUGUGAAAUGUGUUGACUAUUAUAAGUUGUGUUUGAUAUAUUAACGUACACUUCCAUAGGUUUUGGUUUGAUAAGAGCUGGGCUAAUAUUUAACCUUUGCUCUUAAGUUACAUGUUCUUCACCACUACCUAACAUGCACUGAAAAGCUCUGUACCAGCAAAUAAUAAUUUUCAGUGCUAAGUGACGAGAAAAGAGAGAAUUUUAUUUUCCCAUAAAAUUUGUAUGAUUUAUAUGCACACUUGUGUAAGAUGCCAAUUCCUCCAUGUUUGUGAAUGGGUCUCGGGUAUUAAUGGCAGGUUAGGAUUUACUGCUUCUGACUCGCAUCUCAUUCUGACAUAGUCUGGUUUUUAAAAUAGAUUUUGGUUUUCUUUUUAUAAUAAAAAAACUAAAUCUGAA